AGUAUUUAGGACAAGGAUUUUAUAGCAGCAUGGGUUGACGCAGUGUUAAUAAAAUGCGAGGUGGAAGUUCAGAACGCUUGGUGGUGCGAUCCUCGCGCCGUAAAGGCGAUACGCGCGCAAGACUCACUCGAUACAUAACUGUUAUGCUCGCGGCUCUCCUCGCAGGUGGUGGAUCAGCUCUUCUCUUCCUCGUGCCACUAUACGCUGACCCCGCUUUAAGUGCCCUAGCGGCUGACUUUGAUCCAAUACCAGCGGAAUGUGUGACGGAAAGACGCGACGAUAGACUAGGUCUGGACAACUGUACCUGGGCAUCUUGCAGGGAAGGCUGCACUAGCGACGCUUACAAGUGUAUUCAAUUACACGUGAAAUACAAAGCGCAAGCUGAGGAUUGGAGACCCGCUGUACUGUAUGUAAACAUCAAGGGAUGCGGAUACCCACCCGCUGUAAACUGUGAGAACUUUACGCUGAGCUAUGGAUACGUCGGAGCGAGGUACCCAUGUUUCUGGUCGCGGGCUGAUACUACGGUAGUCGUACCGAGGUGGUCACGUGGGGAGCAAGUGGCGACUGUUACGAGGACCCUGGCUAUUCCUUUGUUCCUGUCGGGCUGUGCUGGUAUUGGUCUUUGUGCGCUACACUGCGAGUGUCGACCGAGACGCCGCAGACGACCUCCACGCAGACCACCGCGCCUACCGACCCUCACUCUCGACGACACAGCAGUCUACCGACUCGCCUAGGUGUGACAUAUCCAUUAUUGAAUUACACCUAUGUUUGUUUCCGUUUUACUAUCAGAUUACUAACAGAUUGGGUUGGAUUUUACCGAAAAUAAAAAUAUUUACAACUAUACUAUGUGGGAAGUAAAUUAAGUACAAUAAUGUUAAAAAAAAAAGAUAAAAUGUUGAAUUGGUGACUAAUUAAAUUUAUGGUAUGUUUUAUUAGUAUCUUAAUAACCUAAUUAUAAGUUAAAAAAAAAAACAGAUAAUGAAUAAGUAUAAUUUUAUGUAAAAA